AUGAAUAAUACGUACAAAAGUAAAAUUUAUUCGUUGACAAGUAAAUGUCGAUUGUCAUUAGCUCCAACCAGUGAAGAAAAAUUCGAAGAUGUGAAUUUAUCAAGACAAUAUGAUUUUAAAUCGAAUAAUGAUGACCAUCAAGUCGCAGAAUCUCUUUCAAAAUUAAAGGUUAACAAGAGUGGCAGUAAUGAAAGUUUACAAGAAAACGUAAGCAAUGUCAGCUCACGAAAAAACAAACAUAUAGAAGAUGAUAUAAAUCUAACAAGUGGAGAAGAAUUUAAUUUAUCGGAAGAUCCAAAUUCAAAAGUUAUUUCUUUGGAAGAGAAACUUGCAGACAAACGAGAAUUAGAUAUUCUUGGUAUUAUGAAUUUAUCUUCAAUGAAUAUAACUGAUGAUGAUAUGAUAUUAAUUAUACCACGAGUUUUUUAUGAUAAUAAAUCAAAAUGUAUUGGUCUUAUCUUGCGUGAUAAUGCUUUGACAUCGACCGGUGUUAAAAUGCUUGUUGAUACAUUGAUUUCAUCACGAACUAAAUUAAAAUAUCUCAGCUUUUCGAAUAAUCCAAAUAUAGGAGAUAAAGGAAUCGAACAUUUAAUUAAUUUAUUACAAAAAAAUCGAUCGAUUACUUUUUUGGCUUUAUCAGAUACGGGUAUAACAGAUCAUGGUGUUCGAUUAUUAGCUGAUGUACUGUGUUGUGUUGAUACUGAUUCAUCUUGUCCACCUUUGGAAAAAUUACAUAUAUCAUUCAAUAAAUCGAUAACUGAUCAAUCAUUUGAAGCUCUUAUUCAAAUAAUUGAACAAAAUCAAACAUUGAAAUUACUUUCUUUACAACAUUGUAGUUUAUCGGAUAAAAAACGACGACGAUUGAGAAAAGCAGUUAUAAAAACGAAGAAAAAAAGAUUUAGUCUUUCAGAGUAA